AUGAUACACGCGCCUCCAAUCGUUGCCCGUCUUUUCGAAAAGUUUCCCUGCAUACAAUACCCAUCUCUCCAAGUAAAUUCCCCUAUUGACACUUCUCGUCACCACUUAUUUGUUGCAUACGAGCCACAUACACCCCAUGGUGCUCCUUCAUACGAUCUCGAGUCUCUGCGCUGGCAAACCUUUCUACUGCUUACUGGUAUUCCACAUAUUGUUCUUUCUGCAUCACCGCAUGCUUCUCCUUCUGGCACACUGCCUUUUUUCGUUGCAGCUAGCAAUACUCAGAAUACUCAGUCUAUAUUACAAGCAAAUAUACAUGAGACAGAAAAAAACAGCGCAUAUAACCCGAUAUAUAACGCAUAUAAUCCGUCAAAUGAGGCACUGAAUGGUGCAUCUGUGCCGUCUGCUGCGCCUGCAGACACUGGCAGCGCAUCCUGCACUGCUGGAGCUGCAAACAGCCCGCAUUCUGCAGUAUAUGCGCUCCCGUCUGCCGAAGGACGUCUAUGGCUUGCACGUCAUGGUGCAGAGUUACAUCCAUUUGCAGGAAAUACAGCAUUGGCUGCAGAUGCAGACAGUUACUUAUCACUUAUUGAAAAUGUGCUUUAUGACGCAUGGUUAUAUACAUGUUUUAUGGAGCGAGAAAACUUUGAAAAAGUGGGGGGUCCGCGGUAUGUUACAGGAGCAUGGCCAUUGCGUGGAAUCCUCAAGUGGCAGCUUAGCAGACAAAUUAAAAAGCGUCUCUCGGGCAGACAAAAAACAGGCCUUUUAAAUACACGAGAAAUUUAUGCAGAUGCGUCUCAUGCGCUUUCGGCACUUGCAAUGCGUCUUGGUCAAGAUACAUGGUUUUUUGGUGCAGAUCCUUUACCUGGGUCUAAAUGUCUCUAUAAUGCAAAAUAA